AUGCACUAUGCUGCUGAUGAAGAUGAAGAUAAAAAUUCAACAGAGAGUCCAGCACAGCAAGGAGGAAGUCAGCAGCAUUUUCACUCUCCUCCUGCACUCAUUCAGCUUAAGACCAUCUAUGAAGCAUUUUUUUUGCAACUCUCAGAGGAAGAGCAGCAAAGACAGGGCCCUGGUCAACCUCAUCAGAGACCCCCACCUGGAGAAUUACCCCCGAACCCUUCUGCAUCUGAUGAAGAGGGUGAUGAUGACGGUGAAGGAGAAGGAAAUGCACCUGAAAGACCACCCCAGCAGGGAGAUGAGCACCAGAAACCUCGCCCUCCUAGACCUGGAAACCAUCAUGGAGGCCCUCAGCAUCAUCGCCCUCCUAGCCCUGGAAACCAGCAAGGUCCACCCCCUCAGGGAGGCCCACAACAGAACCAAGGCCCUCACCCUGGAAACCAGCAAGGCCCACCCCCACAGGGAGGCCCACAGCAGAACCGCCCUCCUAGACCUGGAAACCAACAAGGCCCACCUCAGCAGGGAGGCCCACAGCAGAACCGCCCUCCUAGACCUGGAAACCAACAAGGCCCACCCCCACAGGGAGGCCCACAGCAGAACCGCCCUCCUAGACCUGGAAACCAACAAGGCCCACCUCAGCAGGGAGGCCCACAGCAGAACCGCCCUCCUAGACCUGGAAACCCACAAGGCCCACCCCAACAGGGAAGUGAGGAACAGACAAGUUACCUGUAG